CGUUAGCCUUUAGAUUCAUUUCAAAAUUAAAACAACAUUAAUAAAUUAUUUUAAAUCCAUAGUUCUCAUUAAAAAUGUCAAAGGGCUCAGGACCUUUGUCAAAACUGUACAAUGUGAUCAUUAACUCUGUAGAUCCGUUAGUUCCACAAGCACUGCAACCAUUUUGGAUUUCACCAGCAGGUCCCCAAACCGUAUUCUUUUGGGGGCCGUUUAUCAAAUGGAUCAUGGUGGUAGCCGGGCUCGGCGAUACUUUAAAACGGCCCGCCCAGAACAUCUCGCUCAACCAGAGCAUGUCUCUAGCAGCCGCGAGCCUAAUUUAUACCCGCUACUCAAUGGUGAUAACCCCAAAGAACUACAGUAUGCUUGCCGUCAACGCAGCCAUCGUCAUCAUCCAGAGCUUCCUGAUUGCCAAGCACCUGAAGUGGCGCAGCGAAGGUGCCCAGGAGACAGUAUACAAUUAUUCCGAUUUUCCGCUCGAUCCGGACGAUUGGUAAAGAUCGGAGGGAUCGUCUAAAAAACAAUUUCUAACUUAAUAUAUAAAGUAAAAAUAAAGCACUGUUGACUUAGCUUUCUUA